CUGUAAAUACUUUUUGUCAAUGAGUAUAAAACAAAUAAGGGUCUACUUUUUGCAUAGUCUGCUUAAACUUGUUUAUGUGAAAGGAUAGGAAUAGUGGAAGGAUAAAUGGGGGGAAUAUAUUAAAGUAUCAUUAAAUGUUAAUUUACAUGCAAACAACCAACCAGACACACAGCCAACGUUUGCAAAAUUAUACUCUAUUCUUACUGUGUAUUAUUGUGUUUAACCAGUGCCAAACGCCUGGUGGGUGACCUUGACCUGUUGUGCACAUUUUUGUAGAGAAGUGAGGUAGCUGCACACUAGAAGAGCUCUAGAGACAAAACACGACUGAUCCCAUCUGCAGCUGCCAUUACAGAAUACCUCAUACAGAAUCUCGCUGCUACUUGGACCCUGCCAGAACAAACAGUAGAAGGAGGCAUGACGCCUCUGCACUUCUUGCCAGGGCUGGACCUUGCUCAAUAGUGUCAACACAAACAUGUAUUUGAUUGACAGUGAAACCCUUGACUGUUUCCAUGAUACGUGUUUUCAAUUGUUCAGGUAACAGUAUGUGAGUCUCAUUGCUUUGGCUCUGUUUCUUCUGGUAACCAAGCGACAGAAUUACUGUUUGACAGAGUGGUGUAAGAUGUGCAUGUUAUCAAGGAACUUUAAAGCAAAUUGGAGGCUGAACAAAUUUUUAAUUGUGUAAGCUUGAAGGGACAUUAUACAGGCAUUGGGCACUGAGAAGCUGUGGAGGAAUAAACUGUUAAAAGAUGAGGUCCAACAAGACUCACCCUCAGAGAAGUAGGAGUUUUGAUGCAGCCUCACUAGGUUCAACUGUCUCAAUGUUAUCACGAAGAGAGAAAGACUGCUGUGAGGAUUGCGGAAACUGUGAAUGCUGCAGCAGAAGAUGUGUCUGUAUUUCAGUCUUUGUGUUGCUGGGACUGGCAAUAAUGGCAGCUGCAGUUGCUUUAGCCAUUAUUUUUGGCAUUCCACAGAGGACACCAGUUAACCGAUAUUGCACUUCAAAUAACAUGACAGGUUAUCUGUGUGAUGACAGAGUAACAUGCAUCCCAGCUUCCAGCGUGUGCAAUGGAAUGAGUAAUUGUGCCAACGGUGAAGAUGAAAAUUCUGAGCUCUGCAGUGAUUUACCAAAGAACCUGCCAGCAUACCUGAUUUUUAAAUGUGGGAACCCCCAGUUUUGGAUUUACAUAGAUGAAAAAUGCAAUGAUAUAAAUAACUGUGGAGACUGCUCUGAUGAAGUAGGGAUUUUGGCAAAUUGUCCUUCCUGUGGGCCAAAUUGGUGGCCUUGCACAUCUAUUUUCUAUGAGUACUGUAAAUGCAUUCCCAGAUCCUUGUGCAGAGAUGGGGUACAGCACUGCACAGACUGGUCUGACGAGUACAAAUGCACCCCAUGACUACGGCAAAGAGGAUCAAGCACAUGGCACUUUGUUCACCGGUUUGCUUUUAUGAACAGAAUAUACUUGGAAGUUGCAGAUUACUUGGAAGAUUAUUAUUUUUCUGGAAAUAAAGGGAAACCUUGAUUAACCUGAUUUGUCAAAUAUAUAAGAAGUUGUAUGUUUUAGUAGCAAUUGCUGAUGAAACUAGCAGUGUAUGAUGCAAAACAAAGACUACAUCAGUUUUACAUAAAACAAACUAGCAAAUAAAGUAUCUGUACAACAGUCUUUGUUAUUUUCUAAGUUAA